CCUAGCUGAACUCUACGUACUUGAACGCGUUUCUGGCCACGACAACUUCCCUGCCUUUUAUGGAGCCUAUUAUCUAAGGCCCAGCAUUUCAAAUGAAGAGGCGCUAUGGAUUGCUAUGACAAUGUGUGCUGGUGGCUCCGUAGACGCCUUAAUUAGGAGCACGCCCAAUAGAUCCUUGGAUGAGACCUGGAUUUCAUACAUAUGCAAGAAAGUUUUACAGGGCCUGGAUUACUUACAGGAACUGAACGUGAUACAUCAUGAUCUCAAGGGCGCCAAUAUAAUGUUAACUUCUACGGCCCAUGUGAAGAUAAGUAAGUGACGUUUAUUAUCUAUAGGAAGAAUGGGUGCCACAAAAGCAAAGGGUACAUUUAUUGCUCAUCUCAAUGCCUAGCUUUUCUUAGGCAUCAUAAAACUUUAAAGGGGAUCUCUACCCAAAAAUGGCACCUUUGCCUAAUUCAAAAAUAUCAUUGUAAGCAUCGUUCUAAUAUACAGUCAUUAAGAAUGUUCAGUGUCUGUCUUUACACUCUCUUUGCACCUGGUUCAAAUCAAUAGUCAGCACCAGACAAAAGAAAAUACUGCUUCAAAAAUAUAUUUCCAUUUGUAAUAACUGUAGCACCUUUCUGUAUUGUCAUAGAUGUUAUUACUGCAUUGUACAAAGUAAAUUCAUGCUUGUUUCUUUCAAUUUCAGUUGAUUUUGGCCUGGCCACAAUAGGGCCCAUCAGUACAAGUAAUGCAGGAACCCGCUGUUGGAUGGCACCUGAAGUCCAUGCAUGUUUUACAAGAAAUGUACAUUAUAACUACAAGGUGGAUGUGUGGUCUUUAGGAAUCACAGCCAUAGAAAUGGCAGAAUACGAUCCUCCACACAUUAAACUCCGUGGUACUGAGCUUUCCGAAAGGAUUAUGAAUGGUCCAGCUCCAGCUCUAAAAGAGGAUAUAUGGAGUAAUAAAUUCCAUAGAUUUAUUAAUAAAUGCCUUCAGAAGGAUCCAGCCAAAAGACCAUUCGCAAAGGAACUCCUAUUAAACCGAUUCAUCACAUAUAAUCGAGAUGAAGACGAGGUGCAAUAUAGCAUAGCAGAGCAUAUACAGAAAGGGCAGCUGUGCCGGAAACACGUCAAGCUAACCAUGCAGCGUGUUCUUAAUAUGGAUUAA